AUGCCGCAUGCUCAAGAUGACAUGCUAGAGAAGGCUAAGGCAGACGUGGACCUGAGGGGAGCAAAGCGGCAGGGAGAGGCCUCUGCGCAUCGUGACGAACGGCAUACUCAUUUCUAUAGCCAGGGCGUUCCCUCCGUCCUGCCUCCACUCCCAUAUCAACUCACCAGUGGAAAUCCUUUGGGGUCUGGAUACGAUGCCGAGGGUGCCAAUAUAUCAAGAGGGAUCCAAUCGCAGACCGACCAUGGCGACGCUUUGGGGCUCGAAGGCCUAGAAAUCUCACAUUUCCUUCCCCCUCCUAGUCCUCCACUGCAGCCAAUCGCAGAAGAAUCUCCCGUGGGGGAUGGUGGCAUUUCCCCAGGAUCAGCAUCGGCAUCGCCACUUUUCGUUGCUGACAAUGAAGACCUUGCUCCGACAGCCACCGUCGACAUAGCCGCAGAAAACUCAACGCCCGUCGCCAAUACGGACCACGACGAUCAGGUGGACCGCCUUGCGUAUCAGCUGACAGACCAGCUAAUCACAUUUCGAGGAUGCUGCGUUGACUGCCACCGGGCAGCAAAACUUCAGCACCAUCAAGACCCCAGAGAGCAUAUUAGUCUCGCGGCUUACCUUGAAUCUACGACUGGUCUCUGCCCUGAGGUCCUCAGCUCUACCCGAAUCGCUUCUCUGGAGGAUGAUCUUGCCGGCAAGACGAGUUCUGCAAGCCGACAACAGAUCUACUGUGGCCUCGAGUCCGGAGAUCUGGCGCCGCCCCAUCUUUGCAUGAGUGAAGAUGAACGGGUCACGGCUGUCGCUGGGGUCGGCUUUGAUGUUGAUAGCAUCACGGGUUUCCCUAGCAACCUUGCUGUGGCCAAGCAGGGUAUUCGAUGGUACCCUACCCAGAUGCCUGUGUCGGACCUUCAGUCCGGUCUCCAUCUCCCAGUCCAGUCGCCUUCGAGAUGA